AUCUUAGUCCUAAGUCCAUAGCAGAAUUUUUCGAAAAACAAGAAGGAAUCAAGGAUGAUUUUGCAAAACCCCAUGAGCUGUGCAUGAAUGAAUUUAAAUUCAAAAAAAGGAUGGAAAAUCUUUCUUUCUUGACGAGUUGGCCUCUAAAAAGUGAAGAUCUUGAUCGUUAUCUAAAAAUAAAACUUUCCGAUUUGGAAAAGGAGCAAGGAAGCGGCGAAAAUUCGCCAUACGAUUAUGAUAUAGAUAAAGAUCUUCGAGAAGGAUUAAAAUCAUUUUCACUGGAUUCUUCAACAGCCGUUAAAAGUAUUAUACAUCAUUCGAGAAAAUCAAUACUUCUAUGCGUUGAAAUUAUGAGAGUUUUAUCAGGUAACAAUGCAAGUCUCAUACCAUUAAAAAGACUUGCUCUUCCUGAAUCAGUAGAAUUAUUUUACGAAAUUACAAAAAGUUUAGGUGACCGUAGAUCGUUUAUCAUUAAAAAACGCGUUGCGGAUUGUAAUGGUCAUCCGAGAACCCUCGAGAAAUUUUAUCAACUUUUAUGUGAUGAUUCAGCCUUAAAUACUGACGUUUACAGUUCUCUUAUUGAACGUUUGGCAAUAAACCUUGACACUUUGUUUGGUAAAAUGUCUUUUUCUAUAGUUAAGAUGGCGCUGUUAGGAAACAUGACAUCUUUGAUGUGUGAAAUAGAAACCACUUUUGAAACAUUGACUUUGAGAGACCUCAUUUCCUCCGGAAUUUAUAUUAAUUCACUUACCGAUAUUGAAGAAGCUUUCGCUGCUGCUAAAAUAUCGCGAGAUUUAUUGACUACAGAAUAUUCUUUUGAUGACGAAGUAAUGGAUGGAAAACCAUUUGAAAGAUUUCAUGCUAAUUGGGAGUUGCUUUACCGUGCGCUUCGUAAUGAUGGAAAGGAAGUAA